CUUAUUCAUAAGAAUUGAUUUUCUUUUCCAUAUUCAUCUUCUCCUCGAAAAACCAUAUACAGACGUGGUAGUGUCCGGAGUGACGUGGCGUCAACGUUAGUAGUAAAUGCACGCUCCAUCAUGAGCGUGAAAGAGAGAUCUCACCACCAUCGUUCAUCAUCUCCUUUUUACUGACACACACACACGCACAGAGAAGUGAUAGAACCAUCACAAAAUCAAAAAUACGACGCCGUUUAACCUUCUAUGCUUCCCGCUCCUUCCAUUCCCAAAACCCUAAAACCUUCAUUUCAUCUUCCAUUUCUCGCCAUGAAGGACCGCCCCUCGCUGUCCUCCCAUGGCGCUAUCUACGUUCCUCCGCACCACCGUCUCCGCUCCGUCAUCACCUCCGCUAACUCCCCCACUCCAGUUUCCGCCAAGCUCCGCGAAAAUCUCACAACCAUACCUACUACUAUUCAAACCACCUUAUCAGAUAACAAGACGAAUUCGCGGUUUGUUUCUGCUUACGACGACGUCGUUUCCGAAGUUGAAGUUCCUUCACUACCGAGUGGUUUCCCCAAUGAUAUCAUGCAGGAGUGGAAACCAAAAUUUACAAUGCUCUUGAAUGAUGAGAGUAAGCAAGAGUUGAUUUCAAGGGAGAAAAAAGAUAGGCGUGAUUUUGAUGAAAUAUCAGUUUUGGCUAGUAGAAUGGGCUUGUAUAGCCAUAUGUAUUCAAAGGUUGCUGUCUUCAGUAAGGUGCCACUUCCUAACUAUAGAUAUGAUUUGGACGAAAGGAAGCCUCAGAGGGAGGUGAGCAUGCCUAUCACUGUGUUCAGGCGGGUUGGUGCACAUUUUGAGGAAUACCUUAGUCAAAAGCCCAGGAUAAACAAAAGCUUUUCAGAUUUGUCAAGCAGUGAUGGCAGUCUUGGUACAGAUGAAGGGCUUUUUGAACAGCCUGAGCCGCCAUCAUCCAGUAAGGCUGUUGUGGAGAAAAUUCUCUGGCAGAGAAGCUUACAAAUGCGAGAUGUGCAACAAGCUUGGCAGGAGUCAUCUGAAGGAAAAAGAAUGCUAGAAUUUCGAAGCAAUCUCCCCGCUUAUAAUGAGAAAGAAGCAAUAUUAUCGGUCAUAUCAAAGAAUCAGGUAGUCAUCAUUUCAGGCGAAACAGGUUGUGGCAAGACAACACAAAUUCCUCAAUUUAUUUUAGAGUCUGAGAUAGAAUCAAUUCAUGGAGCUGCUUGUAAUAUUAUAUGCACACAGCCAAGACGCAUUUCAGCCAUGUCUGUUUCAGAAAGGGUUGCUUUUGAGAGAGGGGAGAAAUUGGGUGAAUCUGUUGGAUAUAAAGUUCGACUGGAGGGAAUGAAAGGGAGAGAUACCCAUCUUCUCUUUUGCACCACAGGCAUCUUAUUAAGAAGAUUACUGGCUGAUAGAAACCUUAAAGGUGUAACUCAUGUUAUUGUCGAUGAAAUUCAUGAACGUGGGAUGAAUGAAGAUUUUUUGCUUAUUGUCCUUAAAGAACUCCUUCCCCGUCGGCCCGAACUCAAACUGAUUUUGAUGAGUGCUACCCUAGAUGCAGAGCUCUUCUCUUCAUAUUUUAAUGGGGCUCCAGUAGUGAAUAUAUCGGGCUUUACACACCCUGUUAGAACUCUCUUUUUGGAGAGCAUUCUUGAAACGACGGGCUAUCGAUUGACUCCUUCUAAUCAAAUUGAUGAUUAUGGCCAAGAGAGGUUGUGGAAAAUGAACAAACAGGCCCCAAGAAAGAGGAAAAGUCAAAUUGCUUCUGCCGUGGAGGAUGCAAUUAGAUCUGCUGAUUUCAAAGAUUACAGCCUUCAGACACAGGAGUCUUUGUCAUGUUGGAAUCCAGACUGUAUUGGUUUUAGUCUCAUAGAAUAUAUCCUGUGCAAUAUUUGUGAGGAUGAAAGGCCUGGCGCUGUUUUGGUUUUCAUGACUGGGUGGGAUGAUAUCAGCUCUCUGAAAGAGAAGCUCCAAGCACAUACUGUCUUGGGAGAUCCAAACCGUGUUUUGUUGCUUACGUGUCAUGGCUCAAUGGCUAGUUCAGAGCAAAAAGAAAUAUUUGAAGAGCCUGAAGAUGGAGUGAGAAAAAUAGUGCUAGCAACAAAUAUUGCUGAAACGAGUAUCACAAUAGAUGAUGUUGUUUUUGUUCUGGACUGUGGAAAAGCAAAAGAAACAUCAUAUGAUGCACUGAAUAAUGCGCCUUGUUUGCAUCCUACAUGGAUCUCUAAGGCUUCUGCUCAUCAAGUAAUGUUAUACUUUUGUUGUGUAUCUGGCAUUCACUUUUAUAAUAUGUUCAAUUUACAAUGUUGCCGAGCAUCGUUUUCUAUGCUGCCAAUCAUGUAUACAGGAAGAGCUGGCCGUGUUCAACCUGGAGAGUGUUACCAUCUCUAUCCUAGAUGUGUAUAUGAUGGUUUUGCAGAGUAUCAAUUGCCAGAAAUUUUGAGAACACCUUUGCAGUCUCUCUGUUUACAAAUCAAAAGUCUAAGACUUGGAAGUAUAUCUGACUUCUUGUCUAGGGCUUUGCAGUCUCCUGAGAUACUCGCGGUACAAAAUGCAGUUGAAUAUCUAAAAAUAAUUGGGGCUUUGGACGUGAAUGAGAAUCUGACAAUUCUAGGACACUAUUUGACAAAGCUUCCUAUGGAACCCAAACUUGGCAAGAUGCUUCUAUUAGGUGCUAUCCUCAAUUGCCUGGAUCCCAUAUUAACUGUUGUUGCUGGUCUUAGUGUGAGAGAUCCUUUUCUAACACCACUGGAUAAAAAAGAUCUUGCCGAGGCGGCAAAAUCUCAAUUCUCUGGUGCAUACAGUGACCACCUAGCACUUGUGCGCGCUUAUGAGGGUUGGAAAGUUGCUGAGAUAGACCUGGGUGGAUAUGAAUAUUGUUGGAAAAACUUUCUUUCAUUCCAAUCCAUGAAAUCUAUUGAUGCUCUUCGGAGGGAGUUCAAAGGCAUGCUUACAGAUAUUGGAUUAGUUGAUAGCAACACAACAAGCUGUAACACAUGGAGCUAUGAUGUGAAUCUUAUCCGGGCAGUUAUUUGCUAUGGUCUAUAUCCUGGAAUUUGUUCUGUGCUGCAUAAUGAGAAGUCAUUCACUUUGAAAACAAUGGAGGAUGGUCAAGUGCUCUUAUAUUCGAACUCGGUUAAUGCCCGGGAAACUAAAAUUCCAUAUCCGUGGUUAGUUUUUAAUGAGAAGAUAAAAGUGAACUCAGUUUUUCUCCGUGACUCAACAGCCGUGUCUGAUUCAGUAGUGCUUUUGUUUGGUGGAAGCUUAUCAAAAGGAGAUGCUGAUAAUCACAUAAAAAUGUUAGGAGGAUAUCUGGAGUUUUUCAUGGAACCUACUGUUGCUGAUAUGCAUCAGAGUAUAAGGAGAGAACUUGAUGACUUCAUUCAAAGCAAACUACUUUCUCCAACAAUGAGCAUACACUCGCAUCAUAACCUCCUAUCCGCGGUACGGUGUCUGAUUUCCAACGACUCAUGUGAAGGCAGAUUUGUAUUUGGUCGCCAGGUCCUUAAACCAUCAAUGAAAUCCGUGAUCCCCUCACAGCCAGCAUCAUUGGUUUCAAGGACAGAGAGUGGACCUGGGGGUGAUAAUUCUAAGAGUCAGCUCCAAACUUUGCUUACAAGAGCAGGAUAUGCUGCACCUGUCUACAAGACUAAACAGUUGAAGAACAACCAGUUUCGAUCUUCAGUUGACUUAAAUGGAGUGGAGAUAAUGGGUCAACCUUGUAGCAAUAAAAAGAGUGCAGAAAAAGAUGCUGCAGCUGAAGCACUGCAAUGGUUAAUGGGCAAGCAAGCUGGCUGUGAAUAUAUCGAUCACAUGUCGAUGUUGCUGAAAAAAAGUAAGAAGGAUCACAAUUAAGUAAUCAACUAUAUCGAGCCUAAUGCCAAGGUAAAGGAACACCAAGCAGGUUUGGCUGUGGCAUUUUGGAUCUCUGCAUUUUUCUCAUGAAAACAGGGAAAGCCCGAACACAGGAUCACACCGGUUCAAUUGGAAGUUGGAAGAUUAUCUGUGAAUAUGAAGCAAGGAAUUGUCAAUCAAAGCUUGAAGAUGUUUGUCAAGAAAAUACUUGGUUAGCUGGUUAGCGGUAGGGUCAUUUUGCAACAGGACUCUGGAGAACGCGACAUAGUCCAUGGCGUUCAUUCAUGGGGUGAUGUGCAUAUUCAGCGGAAAUAAUGCCUAACUAAUAGUUCUAACAGCUUAUCCCAUUGAUUUUUUGUAUAGUAACUGUUUUGACAUCCUAUGUUGAAUCUCCUGGGAUUUCGUUGUUUGAGAGCAAAAUGGCAUUGAAAAUGAAGGUAACAAUUCUUCAUAA